GAAAUAAACGAGCUCUUAUUUUGAUAGAAAUGUGAUCACGUGACUGAGCGGGUCAUGGCGGCGGAGCUGCGCGCGGAGCUGCGGCUCAGAGACGGACACACGCGGACUGUGCACGUGCGCGUGAAGCCCCGGGUCCAGACCGGGACCGAGACCAGGACCGGGACCGGGACCGGAACUCUCGCGCUCGGCUCUUUGAUCACAGCCGUGCGCGAGCUCAGCCAUGACGUCACGUGUUUACUGACGGAGCUCGUGCAGCGGGAGCAGGGCCAGGGCGCGUGCGCAACAGAGCUGGAUGAAGAAGAUGAAGAAGAUGAAGAAGAUGAAGAAGAUGAAGAAGAUGAAGAAGAUGAAGAUCCAAGUGACUCUGAACCGGAGCCUAAAAGAACUAAACCCUGAAGUCCAGAACAAUGUGAACAGAGACACUUCUGCUUUGGAUUCUUCAAGUUUGGAGCAAAUGCAGCAGAUUAAUAUUUUUUUUUUAAGUUUUUCAUGAUGUUUUUUUUUUUCCUCACAGAUUCUUUUCUGUUUGAAACUCGACUCUGUGUUUCGUUUGAACUUUCUGACAUUUUUCAUCUCGACUCAUAAAUGUUGAUUUCACAAAGUCACAAAUAAAAACUGUUCAUAAAGUUUC